AUGGAGAAAUUCGCGCAAUCGAGAACGCCCCCCGCUGGGCCGGGGAGCACCGUUCCUGGAGAUGAGAACCGUACCGCGGCGGCUUCGGCACAGCAUGGUGCUUCCGAGCACGUACCUCCAUCAGGGACAACUAAGGUAGACAGAAAGGGGGAGGGCCAGACGAAACAUUUGGAUAAGCAAAGUGUGGAAUAUGUGCUUAGGAGUGGGUUGGCAGGGGGAUUAGCGGGGUGCGCGGCCAAAACUGUCGUAGCACCACUAGAUCGCGUAAAGAUCCUCUUUCAGACAUCAAACCCGCAUUUUGCAAAGUACACGGGUAGUUGGUUUGGCCUUGCCAUGGCAAUGAAGGAUAUCAGGCGUCACGAGGGUCUUAUUGGUCUCUUUAAAGGACACUCGGCGACGCUGUUGCGGAUUUUCCCUUACGCGGCCAUCAAAUUCCUCGCCUACGAGCAGAUCCGAGCCGAGAUUAUUCCCUCACGGGACAAGGAGACACCGUUUCGCAGGUUGAUAUCUGGUAGUUUGGCGGGACUUACAUCUGUGUUUUUCACGUAUCCAUUGGAACUGAUCCGGGUGCGGUUGGCGUUUGAGACGAAGCAAUUUGGGCGUUCAUCACUACUGGAUAUCUGUCGACAGAUUUACCACGAACGGGUCCCUGCCCCGAUUGUUACGGCAAAAACCGAUACUGUAUCAUCCACUGUCAACAGAGCAGUGCCCAGCUCUGGCAUUGCAAAUUUCUACCGCGGAUUCUUGCCUACUGUUUUUGGAAUGUUCCCUUAUGCCGGAGUAUCCUUCCUUACUCACGACACAGUGGGUGACUGGCUUCGCCAUCCUUCUAUCGCUGAACAUACGACGAUUCCAAACUCAGAGGAUCGGAGGAGCAGGUUGAAAAGCGGGAGUCGACGGCCCCAGCUAACAGCGGCCGCAGAGCUAUUCUCCGGAGCCGUUGCCGGUAUGGUGUCGCAGACAUCAUCAUAUCCGCUUGAGGUCCUCCGGCGGCGAAUGCAAGUCAGUGGGGCUGUGGGUGACGGUCAGCGAUUUGGGAUCCUUGACACGGCUCGUAGGAUCUGGCUAGAGAGCGGGUUUCGUGGAUUCUGGGUUGGGUUAACAAUUGGAUAUAUAAAGGUUGUACCCCUGGGGGCCACGAGCUUUUUUGUAUAUGAACGACUGAAGUGGCGGUUGGGUAUAUAG